AUGGCUUCAAAGCAAGCUUUGACCCAAAAAAGUCAAACUCUUCCUGCAAACCCCUUACCAUCCUCAUCAACACCUCAACCAGCACCAACUCAUGCAGGAUCCCCAGUGGCAACACAACGUAGCCAAAGCACAGCUCUGUACGGAGUCAGACAUUACCUACAGGACAGACUUAUCCAUGUCCACUACCAUGGUAUGGCCAGCGGAUUAUUCUGGCUUCGCUCAUACGCUAGGGAGGGAUCCACCCCGUCUGUUGAUAUGGCUGUAGAACUCCAUUAUGACCCGUUUAUCGAAGAUCUGCGGUCUCAUUUCGGCUACAGCCAUGUGCUUCUAUGGGACCAAUGA